AUGUGGCUCUGGGCACUGCUUCCGAUCUGCUUGGCGGUGUUUGGCAUUGUGGGCAUAUGGGUUGUGUUUGGUAUCGCUGUAUCGAAUGAGACUGUUAACAUCACAGACAGAAUCCCCUACAUCAGUGAAUGUGGCACCUAUAAUCCUCAGAGCUGCAUCUUUGCUCAGAUCUGCAACAUCUGUGCUAUCCUGGCCCUGUGGGUUGUGGUGAUCCGGUUUCAGCAGGUCAGGGACUAUGGUCAGAACAGCAAGGUGAACAUUGCCAGUAUCGUACUGGGCUUCAUCUCCUGUGUGGGCAUCUCCAUCAUCGGAAACUUCCAGCAAUCUGUAGUGAUAGGGAUCCACUUGUUGGGAGCGUUUUUGACCUUCUUCGUGGGCCUGGCCUACUUCUGGCUGCAGGUGUGGCUCUGCUACAAAGCCCAGCCCUUUAAAGACCGCCACUGGGUUGGACCUCUUCGAGCUACCUUCUGUAGCAUCUGCAGCGUCCUGGUCAUCACCAGUAUCCUUACAGACCAUACCGCUGGGGGGCGCUCGCCGUUCUCAGAGAAUGUCUCUUCAUUGGUUAUACUUCAUACUACCAGCUACAAAUCUGGAGCGGCCGUUUGUGAGUGGGCCUUGGUCAUGUCCUUCUUUGUCCUUUUUGGCCUCUUUGGGUCCGAGUUCCGUCACAUCGACUUCCACCAGCUCACCGUGCAGAAACAAGGUCUGAAGACACAGAGCACCAACGGAGUGGUCAGAAUGAAUUAUGUUUCAUAGUACAGCCAAUGAGACCGUGACAAUGACCAUGCAUUGAUACACUGUUCAUCGCUUAGCAUCUAAAAACACACACACACACAUAUACACGCUGGGUUAUUUUGACCCAGCUAGUUGGUUUGCGUGAAUACCCAAACAUGGGUUAAUUUAACCAUCAUUAGUUGUUUUUUUUACCAUCAGUUGGGUUUACCCAGCAGCUGGGUCUUUUUUUAAUGUAAUCCAUAGGUUAUUUUCAUGAGGCGUGGCCUAUUAGGGGCGUGGCUUUCAAAUAAUUAUUUUUUUGGCCACCUGUAAGAGUAAAGGUCAUUCCUGUUAAUCAUGUUAAGUUUGUACACUGCAAAUUUCAAUUUUCUUUUAAUAUUUUUGCAGAUUACAUAUUUGAAUAUAACAUUCAUAACAUUAUUAUUUACAUAUCCCAACAUUGACAUAUCCCAUAUUUGGGGAUUUGUAUUAGCAUAAGCUCUUAGGGAACUCACAUACUUGUAUAAGCCUCAUUAAAGCUUCAACAGUGUCAGUGUUUAACCGUAACAUGUGAUAACAAUACAACAGAACACAUGAACCAGAAUGACAUUUACGCUCACAGGUGGCCAAAAAUAACUAUCUGAAAGCCACGCCCCUACAAAGCCAUGACUCCAGUCUUCUGAGCUGACCCGCUGGGUCAUAUCUCAAUAACCCAGCAUCAUUAACCCAGCAGUUUUUUAAAGAAAACAACCCAACGAAGUGGCCCAAUGCCUGCAACCCAGCAGUUGGGUCAAACAACCCAGCAUUUUGUUGUA